UUCCUUCCUCUGGCUAUUUUACUCCUUGUAUCCAAACAGGAGAAAGUAGGUUCCUCUGCUAUUUAGCCUCCCCAUUUUGAGCUGUAAAACUGAGGCUAAGGUUUUAUGAAUUCUACAUCUUGAUCGAAAAUACCAGUCUCUGGCUAAAUGGCGACAGUCACAGACUCAUCUUCAUCUGAGGGGAAGCCAAGCCUAACGCAACCCAGCGAGUUCCCUUCUACGAUCGGAUCCAAAACCCUAGAAGAAGUUUCUCCAUGGAUCGACUACGCAGUUCAACAAGCUCUUAUGUACCAGAAGACCAUCAAAGAAGCAGUCGAUGAUACCACUAAUGCUCUCAGAUCUCGCUUAGCGGGAAUUCGUUCCACUUCUUCCGCUCACUUCCAUCAAACAAUGGAUUCUCUGCAAGAUGUCAAGUCUGAGCUUCUUGUUUACGAGGAUAUGCUUUUUGGAAGGAUUAAAGAAGGCGUCAAAAUUGCAGCUUCAUAUCCACUUGUUACAGGAGGGGUUGCUGUUGGAUUGGGAUUCGUACUACUGAAAAGGCCGAGACGCUAUUUGUACUACAAUACCUUGCGCCUUUUUGUGAGUGAAGAGCACAGUUAUGGGACACAAUGGGCUAUGGAUGCAUGUAUAGAUUGCCUGGAGCAUCAUUCCCUACUUUCCCGAGCAGAUGCUAAGGUAAAGGAAUUGAGGCAGUCGAUUAGCCUUUUGAAGGCCGAAAGCGAGAAGUUAGAGAAGAGGGCAUCAUUAGCAGAACAGGAGUUGAUUCGUGGAAGAACAAAACUCAGACAAGCAGGAAAGCAGAUUCAAGGCGUGAUUCGGUCAGCUUAUAAGAUUGAAAGACAAGCAACAGGCUUGAAGGAAAUUAUUCGGGAAUUGCCUAGCAGAGAAGCAUCUAGAUUCCGGUCACAAGUUUCCAGCCUUGCUUCUGAGGCAAAGCGAGAAAAGAAUGCCUUGACUAAGGAGGUGACGAAAAUCAGUAACUAUGGAAUCUCAGUCUGAAAAUGCUUGCAUUCCAAUUUUUUUCGCUUGGGCGCUUUGGAUUUAAAAUCGCAGUUGCAUAUUUAACAUAUAAGAGAUGGCUUCUGUUCUUAGAGUUCCAAGUUUAAGAUUUUGAAUUGUGUUAAAAGUGAAAACAAAACCAAUGCAAAAUGAUAGUUAUUUAUUGGCGGGAAUACAGAGAGGCAAACCAAAGCAGGGACUGAUUUCAUUAUUUACCUAUACAGUCAGUGAAUAAUUAGCGUCAAGAAAGAGUCGUGUUGUGGAUGGAUUAACAAGAGCAGGUUGGCUGAUGCACUCUUUUAGUUUUUAUUUA